UUUCUGAGGGCGCGUUUGUAGAAGGAAUUUUCGAACGAUUGGGCCAUGCGAGAUCCACGACAUUUUAGAUUUGAACCACCAUGUCAGAUAAAGGUCUGGUUGUAGUUAUAGGUGCAACAGGUCCCCUUGGAAAAGAGUGUGUAUUGGCUCUGGAAAGUCAAGGUUAUCAUGUUCGGGCAGCUAGUAGAAGGGUUGAAGUUGCUCGGGAGAUGUUGUUGAAAAGUGUCAAAAAUCCCUCUAGAGUGGAUUUUGUGCACGUCGAUGUUCUGGAAAAUUCAGUACUUUCUAGCGUAUUGAAAGAUGCUCAUGCUGUGUUUUUCUGUGCGUCAGCUUCAGCAGGUUGGAGGGUUCCAGGUACUUCGAAAAAUACUCCGAAACAGGUCGAUUAUUUGGGAGCAGUUCAUGUCGCUGAAGCAGCAGCACAAGCAAAAGUCAAACGACUCGUUUUAGUGAGCUCAGCUAUGGUUACAAAUAGAACUUCGUUUCCAUAUCUGUUCUUAAACUCGUCCUUUGGUCGAAUAAUGCACUGGAAAAGACAAGGAGAACUUGGCGUCAUAGAGACUCAUGAAAAAAAUCCAGAGAUGGCUUACACUAUUGUUCGACCCGGACAUCUUAUCAAUGAAGCAUCAAAGGGAGCCAAGUCCAUAAUGGUUGACCAAGGUGACCGCAUUAGUUGGAGAGUAUCUAGAGCAGAUGUAGCACAAAUAUGUUGUGCCUGCUUGCAAGUGGAAAAUACGAUGAACGCCACCUUUGAAGUGGCUGGAAGGAAACAAGCAACGUCACAAUCCAACCCUCCGGAUACCUACGAAGCCUUGUUAACCACUAUAAAACCGGAUAAGAAACUUUCAACCACAGGGCAAUCAUAAAUGUCUUUGAAAGGCAACAUUUGGUAUGUUUGAUAUUUGUUGUCUCAAACGUUGUGCAUUUAAAAUAAAUUCAUGUGGGCAUUGCUAAAGCGGGGAUGACGUGACGCCUAGCUAAGAGCUUCCUUGUGUGAUAACUUAGUCGCCAUGUGUUUGUUGUUUUACACAAACCCAAGGGAUAUUAUUUCAACAAAAAAACUUUUCAGUAA